UUCCACUCCCAUCCAUGGAUGUUAUAAUCUCGCUCUGGCGUUAGCGGAUCCUGUACAAGUCAAUCUCGUGUGCACUAGCUAAUAUUCUUGCCGACUCUUUUACAGGGCCUACACUUACAAACCUUUUCGAGCCCUCAAUUAUCAAUUCUCUGCCGGCAAUGCCCAAAGCCCGGUAAUGACUGCAACUCAACUCACGCAAUUCUCACAUGUGCCCCUAUGGACCUCUUCUAUUAAUUAGACCCGUGCCAUCUCCUAUGAUAUAUACCCUGCUGUCGCUGCUUACGUGACUGACAAUUCUACUUCUUCUAGCAGGACUUUGAGUCUUCGCCCCCAUCCUGUCCUGGGUUGGAAUAUCUCGACAUACCGGUAACAGGUGAUAUGAGAUACAACCAAGAUUCUAAUCUCUCUUCCUUGACGAUAGAAACCCCUCCACAGCCGCCAUCUGUACUCGGCGGCUUUUCUGCGCCCCUACUCAAUACCUCUACAACGGGGUACUCCCCUGAUAGCGGCUCUUUUUAUUCCUCAGCCUCACAGAUCUUCUCUGGGAUCGACGUCAGGCCACCGCGCCUGAACUCUAAUAGUACCUCGUCCACGGGCAUGGCACAUGCCAACCGCUCCGCUGCGCUACCAAAUCCAGCAUACAACGUAAGAGAGCUUUACUCCGGAGCGAGGCCAUCCUUUGGAAGAGCAACGGAGCACACCAGAUCACCAUCUUUUGCAGCACCCCUACGCCGCCAUCCCCUUUCGCCAACACCUAGUCCAAGCAUCAGUUUCACAAAUCCCGUCAGGAUGGAAACUCAAUACGGCAAGACCGGGGGAUCGCAUAUCCCCCCGCUCAUGCCGAUGACCACGAACGGCCAGCUCGUCUACAGUGAGUCGGGAACACCCGUUAAAAUCGACAUCCAUGGAACCAUCGAUAAAGGGUUCUUCUUGUCAGAGGGAGAUUGGACAUGUUACAGGCGGAACUAUUUCUCUUGCAUCUGCUCGUAUAGCCUUUCCCCAUAUUUCGCUAAUACCACAAUGCAAUACGCCCCGAAUGGCUCUUCAACAUCGUACCAAGUAUUCGGAUUUGCGAUGAGCAUCUCUGCAGUAGUCUCCGACAGCGAUUCUCACACGAUCGACUUGGUGCAACAUACGCCAAAGAGAGACAAGGGACCGGUACAAAAGCCGGAGAAAGUUAGGCUGACGCCGAAACAGCCACAGCAGGCACCGCAUCCGCUGUUAUAUCCAGAUGCUAGCAUUUCUGCCGCAACAAGAACUUUGUACCAUGGUACCUAUGAACCAGGCGCGCAAGGAACAUACCCGGUCGAACAUACGUUCGAGAGAAUACAAUUCAAACAGGCGACGGCGAAUAACGGCAAGCGGAGAGCAGCUCAGCAAUACUACCACCUGGUUGUAGAGCUUUACGUGGAUGUGGGAAACCAAGCUUCUGAGCAAUUCAUGAAGAUUGCGCAACGAAAAUCUGCCAAGAUGAUUGUGCGCGGUCGCUCUCCUGGACAUUACCAGACGGAGCGACGCGGAAGUACUAGCAGUGGGCCUGGAGGAUCUGGUGGAAUGGGGGGUUACUCUAGCUCCCAGGUUCUUGGUUCGGAUUAUGGUGCGGGUGGACCGUCAAUGCUUCCGGGCUCCUACUCGAGCAAUACAUAUGACCGAUCGUCAGGGCAUUAUGGCUCAACACGCCACCACGACCUUCCGAUGGAGCCAGUAAUACCCACUGAAGAAGCAAAAGCGAUCGACAAUACCAAAGACUAUCAGUACUACCCAGCAACUAUAUACGAAGGUACUGAUUCGAGACAGGGUGUUGAGAUGUUCUCCCACAGAAGCGAACAAGAGAGCUUGAUUCCAGCAUCUGCGGCGAUGGAUUCAACCAGCACUAAGGUAAAGCAUGAAUACGAGAAUUCCCUUCCGAGCCUCUUUUACAACGCCGGAAGUGCGUACUACCCUCGAAGCUGCAGCCGAUUUGAGGGAAAGUCGACCUCUGCAGGAUACUAUCCUACCAUGCCGACCAUGCUUCCUCAAUCGGGGUGAGGCAGGCUACAAACUUACACAGUAUAUGUACCUAUCAGCCGCAUAUAGGCUUGAUUAUGUGGCGCACUUGUUCGGUAGUUGGUAGCUACCCGCCAAAACAUUACCGUUACCGCAUUUAAAAUGGUUAUUUAUUGGAGACGAAAAGCAUAUUUCUUUUCUUCCGGGUCCGAGUUUUUAUGUGCUUCGGUAUGGAGAC